AAGUGCCAGAGCUCCUGCUACUUUUGUUUCCUUUCUUCAUUUACAUCAAAGUCGUCCAAAAACACAUCGAUCCUAAACAAUCUUCGACUUCGAUCAAAUCGGUUCACCAAAACAGCAACCACACAUCACCACUCUAUUACAAACAAGACUUCAGAAUGUCUGACAACAACAACACUCAACAGCCCAAGCAAGGCGGCGGUGGCUUCUUCGGCGGUAUCACCAAUGCAGCCGGUGGUCUGGCCUCAGGUGUCGGUGGCGUUGCUUCUGGUACCGUAAACACCGUCGGCGGUGUCGUUGGCAAUGUCGGCCGUGGCGUUGGCAAGACAUUGAGUGAUGCUUCUUCUGGACUCGAGAACACUGCCAAGGGUGCUGGUGGUAGCAUUAAUGAUGUUACUGGUGCCAAGAGUGGUCAGCAGCCCAAGAAGUAAGGAUGAAGGAAGAAAUAUGAGGGGAGGAUGAUACGGCAAGGAGAGGGCGGGAGUAUACGAGGGAGCACAGUCUUCUGCUUAUGAGAUUAAUGACACUUUUUCCUUGAUCC